GAGAGACUCGAGGAUCGCCUGUUGCUAUCGUGCGCGCUGUGACGCGUUUACGUUCCCCCCCCUCUCCCCAACCCCGGCGUUGCGCAUCCGUGCGUCACGACUCCAUCGAAUUAUCGCGCUUCUCGAUGAACUCGUGCGCGGUGACGUAAAACCACGGCGGGUGCGGUUUCGGCGUCACCGCGUCGCUUGCGGGUCGCGCGCGGUGACGUCAUCGCGCAAAGGACCCCCACCACCCUCAACCACCACCACGACGACUGUCACACCACGAGCGUCGACCGGCAAAGAUGAGCGGCGCGGCUCUCUCCUCUCUCUUCGCCGACUACAGGGGCAUGGCGGACUCGGUGGCCGACAAGCUGGUGGGCUACAGCAAGGACGACGGUGGCUGGCGAGUCGCCAAGUCCAACAAACUUGUUACCAUAUCGUGGAGAGCAUCUACAGAAUUUCCUGGCUACCUGUACAAAGGCGAGGGUCUACUGGAGAUGGCCCCCGACGCGCUGUGGGAGUUCGUGAAGCCCACGCCUGACGGCCUCCGCGUCAAGUGGGAUCGCAACGUGCGCGCCUUCCAGAUCUUGCAGUUGCUGGACGAGGAGCUGUCUGUGUGUCGCACCAUCACCUCGUCUGCUGCCAUGGGCGUGAUCUCCGCGCGUGACUUUGUGGACGUGGUGCUCGUCAAACGGUACGACGACGGCUCCAUCGCCUCCAACGCGACGCAUGUGGUCCACGAAUCGUGCCCGCCCCAGUUGGGCUACGUCCGUGGAUUCAAUCACCCCUGCGGUUGCAUGUGCCUACCCGUGCCCGGGGAGCCCAACAAGACGAAGAUGGUCACCUUCUUCCAGACGGACCUGGGUGGCUACCUGCCCAGGUCCCUCGUCGACUCGUUCUUCCCAUCCACGAUGGCCGAGUUCUACAGUAAUCUCAGCAAGGCGCUGACAACGCUCAAGCCAUAACGAGCGCCGCUGUAAUCCUCAUCCGUGCCACCCACCCGCUCGUUGGUCUCAACUCCCAUCAGCCACACUUUUCACCCUUUUUUGGCCCUCCACCAAAUGUAAUAAUGUCUUCGCGUGGCCUCAAAUGCACGGUUCCAUAUUUUUUUAUUGCGAUACCAUGGAGAUCUGUGUGCUGUCCGUGUCAUUAUUUGUGACAUUUUUCAUUUUUGAUUUGUCGCUCUUUUAAAGAGAAGAAGAUUGUUAUUAAUUGUCAAGGGCAUUAAGGCGGUGGCGAGAAGCGAGUGUGGGUUAGUGGGUGGCAGUGCUGUCCGUUCCGUACUUUACAAAAUGAAUGUGCUGUGUGAUCACUUAGGUACUGGUGGAAACACCGGUGUUUACAUUUAACCUGAAGUCACUUGAAUUAUUCGAACCUGGUGCGGGGUAUAUAACGGAGCAGAGGGCACUGCCACUGGUGGCUUAGGUUUUAAUUAUGCAUGAAUUGUGCUGAUGUUCUUGAACAUUCACUCACCGCCCCGACACAGCAUGGCUACAUUGAGAAGUGAACCCAGGUUCAACCAGAAGCUGAUGAUGGCUGCUGUGGCCACUGCAGGUGUGGCCCCUGCAGGUCUACUGAGUACAGGGUUAAGCAUUGUUUUCCCCACUGUACAACCGAGCCAUCCUGGUCUGGUUUUGCUAAGUCAGCCCGGGGCAACUCAGGAGGUGCCAGGUUUUUUUCUGUCACAACUGAGCUGUGCUGCUGGCAUCACAAGCAGUGCAUGCGCUACGUCAGACUCGCACGUUAAAGUGUAGUGACCGGUGCAAUAUAGGGCAAACAACUAUUAACCCCACCUUAUCUGGCCCCAGGAUGAGCCCGAGCCAGAUUUCAGAUGUCACGUGAGGCCAAAGUUUUAAGGUUUGGUUCUGGCUCAGCAAAUUUCCAGUGGGAAAAAAAACCUCUCGUUUUUCGAGGGCCCCACACUGUGCGUGGCUCGGAUGUGCCAGUGGAAGAGAUGUGUAUGAAUGUGGCAAUGCGAUGUGACUUUUAUCAAACUUGGGCCACGAUAUAUGUGUUUGCACUGGGCCCGUGUCUAUUUUUCCUUGCGCAUGCAUACAAGGUGCCCCAAUAGGUGAGCACUUUGUCUCGAUGUAUAUUUUUGUUGUGGUCUUUUAAACAUUCCUGGGGAUUGCUGCUGCUCGUUAUUAUCAUUGUGAAUACAUAUUAAAUGUGUAUACUAUAAUACAAAUUUAAACAGAAAGUUUAUUAAAUAAUAACAAUGCAUUUUUGCAUUAUGUUAGGAGGAAGGGGGUGUUAGCAAAACUGAUACGAUUGUGCCGUUUUAACGUCGGUCGGUGUGGUCAUGUGAACGAGAACUAAUUAUCAGCGCGCCUGCAGCGAUAACCGUAAAGAAUGUGUUUUAAUGCAUUGAAACUUCUUGUGAAUGUUGGAAUGUAAAAUGUUUGUCACAUUGAUGGGCAUCUGAAGUUUCAUUUACAAAAAAAAAUGUACACGGGUUAAACGGUAGGAUGGGGGUGUAGAUGCAUCCAUUUUUACACACGUAUCGCAGGAACGCGCGAUGGUGAUACUUGCGGGGAACCCGUCAUCCAGCAGUGGACACAUCACGGCCCGAUGAUGCACGUUACUGGAUUUUACGUGACUUCCUCCAGCCGCUGUGAAAAGAACAAUAAUCUGUGCUGGCAUUGAAUCGCGAAUGGCGACUCGUCGAUUCAUUGGAUGGCGAAAUAGGGCCAAACUGUAAAAACACUCCAAGGGUGAUGUCGGAAACAGGGCGCUUAUUGAACGCGUGGAUUGCUUUCACCGCCCUCGAGUCAAUCCGCAUUAAAUGAUCAAACAGUGCCUUGGCUGAUAACAAAAACAAACUACAAGGCAAAACGUCCCCACCCAGCCACCUUCUCUGACCCCUGAAUUCUGCCGUAGUAGUUUAUACGGCAGAUUCUCUUAAAAACUUGCUUGCCAAGUCACACACUGCCUGGUUUAAAUUCCGCCCCCAUCCCCCCCUGACCCAGAAAAAAAAAGUUUUCACCUUCCCUUGCAUCACUUUAAAAACACAAAAACUGUACGUGGCAAACACAUGUGCAGCCAAGCAAUAUAAAAUCUUUAUUUUUUUAUUAUUUUUUUGGUAACCAAAACUCUCGUUUUUUUUUCUUUUACAUCCGGCAGUUUGCGUUUGUGUUUCUUUGUAAUUAAAAUAUAACGUUAACACAAUGACACCUCCAUAUAUACAAUUGAGUGCACGUUUCACACCAGCUUAAUGGUAGUUUGGUUCAUAGUGGAAAUAUUUUCCUAAGCUGGAGCGACAAUAUUCCGCGUACAUUCGGUCAAGGAUUGAAUGGUGAUGAGAAAGGUCACACGAUAGUGUGCAAUUAAACACUUUUUUUAAGGCAGCAGACAAUGGCUUUUUUAAAUGGAGAAUACUUGGCUGUUUGUUGAGCAGAAUAAACAUCUGUUAACCAAUAAAAA